GGUACUUUUCUUAACUGUCAUGUCCCUUUGUUUUGUUUAUCAGUGUUUUUUGUAGGAAUUUCUCUGUUUACAUCGAUUAAAAAUGAAAAUUGUGCAAUGAAUCUCAAUGGCAAGUGCACGAGUGCAUCAAAGUGUUGUGCUUUGUGAAAAUCAACAUGCAUUCCCGUUUGUAGCUGCGUCUGUAAGUCAUAGAAAAAUCAAUUUAAACUUUAAGUAAAAUGAAUUUUGAGGUUAGAUUUAUGUUGCAGUAGAAUGUCGUUUAGUUCAUUUUAUCUGUAUACAAAUAGAUUUAUCGCAAUGAUUGAGCAGAAAAUGCUAUUAUUAUGCCCUGCCCCAAUGUCAAUCGUUUUACCAAUCAAAUAUCAAUUGCUGAAUCAGUCGUUCGUUCGCGUUUUUUUUUUCUUCGCGGAAAAAACAUUAAUUCGCCGGCAGUGGGCAAAAACACUUGACAUUGGUUGGCAAUUUAUCAACACGGAGCGUAAUUAGUCAAUAUUAAAAAAAGUCGCUCGGUGGGCAAGAAUGAAAAUGAUGCAACGAUUCACCUUAAUUUCCACCCUUGUUUUUCGCUACAUUUUCGUAAAUAUCUACAUGUGGAAAAACUAUGCCAUUUCCGCCCAUACGCGCGCAAGUCUCUUUUUAAUUUACUUCAGAAUUAUUAUCAUGUAGAAUAUGCGAGAAUAUCUCGUGACUUGCACGAUUCUCUGACUUAUCUCUAAUUUUUUUUGCCUCACUCAAAGGAGAUGAGGCUGCGAAAGGGAAACAAUAAAGGUGAAGAAAUAAAUUUAGCUGCAUCAUCAUUGAGUUGUUUCACAAUGUUGAAAAAUCGAGCUUUUCCUCGAUGACUCAAUAUGUAUAAUUGCAAAAGGAAGGCAGUCAUUUUGGUGCAGAAGAAAAGCCAAUGGCCAGUUUGUGAAAGAAUUUUCCCUCACAGCAAGAAAAAAACGAGCAAUCUCAAAAGAGCUCAUCGAUAAACACGAGAAACUGCUUGUAUUAGCUUAGCAGAGUUGAAAAAGUUCUUCAUAAAAAGCUUUUUCUAGAUUUGAGAUACAUUUAGAAAAAAAUUUAUUUAUUCCUAAAUGAAUUUGUGUUAAAAAUUUAUUAAGAUUAAUUAUGAAAAAAAAAUAGAGUGAAAUUUUUAAUAGGAAUUUAUUCAAUUUUACUUUUAUUGUUGAAAAUAUAAGAAAGAGAAAGAAAUUUACAGAGGUCCAACAAAAACCAUUAAAAAAAAACUAAAAAAUUCAUAUUUUUUUUAAAUUGAAUCAAUUUUGAAAAACAACUCAAAAAUUAGUUAUUUAGAACAUACUAAAACGAUGCCCAAUAUCUCAAAAUUUUGGGAUACAAUUUGAAUGCUCUUUUAAGGCAAACUAAUUUAGGUUUUUUCCAAAAAACCAAAUCCAAAUUUUUAACCUCUUUAGCCUAGACAUAAUUCCUAGGUCUGAUGAAUACCUACAUGAAUUUUAAUUAAAUUUACUAAAAAAUGUUUCAAUAUUAGUCAAAUUCUUUUUGUACAUAAAGUCCUUUAUUAUUCAAACUUGAUUCAAUAUCUCUUAUCUAGGAAAAAUGCAUUUCAAUUCGGUUCUGAGGAAAAUUUUCUUUUGAAAAUUGUGUCAAUGUAUCGAAUAUCAUCACAUGGAGAAGCUUAUCUUUCCAUCCUUCUUCCACCUUCUCUCGCACUCUUUCUCGCCCUAGUGUGUGAACUUCUUGGCGCUUCUUUAUCAGGGUUCCGCGAGUCGCUGCCAAGAGCCCACGACAUAGAAUAUUAACAGAGGCCGGCUCAUCGAGCGCCAGUCGUUUGCAAGCCUCCAUUGAGUUAACAAGUACAAUAUUCUCCUCACAUUGAAAUUGGAGAGCUUAAACCCCAUUGCACAUAGGAAGCAAAUAAUACUGUGAGAAAUAUUUUUUCUUGAUUCUUAAAAAAAAAAGUUCUAUUUGUUUGAGCAAAACAAUCUCGAAAAGUUGUAGUACAAGGAAAUCGUUGCAUUUUUUUUCUUCACAACAAGCAAGAUAAAUUCUUGAGUGUGAAAAAUUAGUUUUAAGCUGCCCUGCUGCUGCAGAAAAAAAAAUUGAUCUUGAUUUGGAUGUUUGUGGCAAUUUUGUGAAGUUAAUAUUUCAUCUGGCAAAAGCACAGAAGAAGUAAAGAAAAAAAUAUCACCAAAAAAACCAAAGUAUAAAAAGAAGAAAGUCUCGAUAAGGUCGACAACUUUUGGUUUUGUGGGUUAAGUUUUGUAUAUUUUUAUAUAUUGAAAAUCAACAACCAAAGACGGACUUCACAGCAUUUUUAUUGCUAAAUCUGUGCUCACCGCGAGCGUCCACGCACAAAUAAUCUCAUUGAGUCAAGAUUAAUCCACAAACACAGCAGUUGCGUUCGGGCUGAGAAGGAGUUGAGACGUGCGCACGGCUCUUUGGAUACAUAUAAGAAAAGGUCUGAGAAAAAUUGUGAUUAAAAAUUAAGUUUUACGGGAAGAAGUUGCACGCCAUCUUCAACACCACCAUUCAGGAGUUAAAAGUAUUCUUUCGGGCUCGACACAGGAGAAAACAUUCAAGAUGAGGAAAUUCAUAGAUUCCCAUAGACUGUUACAUUUUAUCGCAUUCACAGCAGUAUUAUUUCUAUCAGGGCAAACAAUCGCCCAAACGGACCAAACGUACACAUUGAGUGUUUCAUCGCAAGAUCUCACGGUAUUAGUGGGUGAGAAUGAGGAAUUCAACUUGGUAUUCAGAGGAUUCCUCAAUGAGAGUGGCAAAGUCUAUUUCUACGAGCAGCACGAUGGAUUAAUUAAUGUCAUACCCAAUGUGGUUGAUUUGCAACCAUCUACCCAGGCGAAUGCCGAAGUUGUGUACCCAAUUCGCGUGGAGGGUGUCCACCCAGGCCAUCUUGAACUCACAUCCAAUUACACCAUCGGAGGCAGAAGCUUCCAUGAUGAAAAUCUUUUCGUACGGAUAACAGUUGCAAUAUCCGAGGCAAUUAUCUACGUAUCGAUUGUUGUGGGAUGGAUCUACUUUGUAGCUUGGUCCAUUUCAUUCUACCCACAAAUUUACUACAACUUCCAGCGGAAGAGUGUUGUGGGUCUCAAUCCCGACUUUUUGGCCCUCAAUAUUGUUGGCUUUGUCAUGUACAGCGUCUUCAAUACGGCUCUCUUUUGGAGCCCAGGCAUUCAGGCUGAGUACUUUGAGAGAUUCCCACGUGGAUUGAAUCCCGUACUAGUCAAUGAUGUAGUCUUCUCCCUUCAUGCUGCCUUUGCUACGCUCGUUACCAUCGCCCAGUGCUUCAUCUAUGAGCGCGGUGACCAAAGAGUUUCAAUGAUUGCCCGUGGAAUUUUGGGCAUUUUCCUUGUUGUUGUGAUUGUUUGUGCCAUCCUUGCGGGCACGAAUGUCUUUCACUGGUUGGACUUCCUCUAUGCCUGCAGCUACAUUAAGCUCACAAUUACUCUGAUUAAGUAUGUGCCACAAGCUUUGAUGAACUACAGACGAAAAUCCACAGUUGGUUGGAGUAUUGGGAAUAUUUUGUUAGACUUUACAGGCGGAAUCCUUUCUAUGCUCCAAAUGAUGCUCAAUGCCUACAACUAUGAUGAUUGGGAUUCAAUUUUCGGUGAUCCCACAAAAUUCGGUCUUGGAUUAUUCUCUGUCGCAUUCGACAUUGUCUUUAUUAUUCAGCACUAUGUGCUGUACCGGGAUCGUCACAGCGGGCUUAAAGAAAAUAGCUCAAAUCUCGAAAAACUCAUUGCAGACAAAGAAAAGCAGGAGAUGCUUCCAUAAGUUGUAUGAGAGAGUGAUAAGAAAUAACCUAACAGAAAAACUCUGAGAAGGAAACUUCUCUUCAGCUUCUAACACAAAAAACAUACAGAAACAUUUUUUCCUUCUUGUUUUUUUUUCUUUUACUUGCAAGAAGGAAAAACACAUCACAAUACAUUUAUUAACACAUAGAAAGAAAAAUCUUUUAAAAAAAAAUUGUAUUUGAGUAGCAAAAAGCAGGGAUAAUUAUCACAGUGAUGAAGAAAAAAAUUCAUGUGAUAAGGUCACGUUGGAUUUUUGCUCUUGAGAAGAGAAGAAACUCUCUGUGAUAGAAAAAAGAUUCGCUCUAAAAAGAAUUACCAUAAAUUUUUCUUUUAGAAUAUAUUUUAGUUUAUUAGGUGCGCUGGAGAGAUUUCUUCGAGAUUCUUUCCACGCUUUGACGAAUACGAUAGAAUAUCAUUUUAUUUUGUUCCUUCUAUCUUAUAGUUCUCUCUUUGUUCCUAUCCAGUAAAAUUGUUGCCUUUAGAGACAGAUUUUGGGGCCUUAAACAAAGUAUUGAAAAUACUUUCUAAGGCUUUCUUUAGACUGUGGUGUAGUUCUCAAGAAUUUUUCGAUGUUUUUUUUAUCAAAUUUUGUAGUGCUUUAAUGUUAUUUAUUUAUUUAACUAUUGAAGAAAAAAAUCAUGUCCUCUCCGAAUUUUUAUUUGUGUGAAAUAUACUUAAUUAGAUUUAGAACAUUAUAUAAGUAGGUUCCUCAGGAAUUUUUCCAAGACUUUCAAAUAUAAGGAAAGAUCUAUAAAAAGCAAAUAUUCAAUGAAAAACAAAAUUUCGGCUUGAUAUUAAUAGAUGCUUUAAUAAUUUUCUUUUUUUGUGAAAACUAUGAUUCUUUUUAAAAAGUUGUUUUUAAUGUUUGAAAUGAUCGUUUUUUUUAGUGUCUUUUACCUAAAAAAUAUUGAUUUAUUUAGUUUUUAUAAGAAUUUUUAAAGGAUUUUUUAAUAUGACAAAACGAUCUGUUAUAACUCAGACACAAACCGGUCAAUUCAUUUUUUAAAGGUCAACUCUCACAGCUAUAAAAUGCUGAACUUUUGAAAUUCAGCACCACAGGCGUUUACUUAAAGCACUUAAAGUGAGUGCGCUGUUGGCAAUUUUAUAGCAAUUGUGGGUAGCCCAUAAAAGCAUACAUGUUUUAUCUUUUAUAGCACAAAAUGUGUCUUAGCUGUAUUAUAUUAAAUCCUUCAAUUUUUUUUUCCAUAAAAAAAUCUAACGAAUCUAACAAGAAAAUUUUUUCAGUAAAUUCUAGACUUAAAAUAGCCUUAAAAUUUUAUUUAAUUGAUUUUUAACUAAAAUUUUUCAUUGAAUAUUUUUGCUUUUGUAUUGAAAAACGUUACCCAAAAAACAAUUAAGACUUUUAUAUUCAAUUUUGAGGAACACUCGACUUGAAGUAUUUCUAAUUUUCUCGACUAUUUGUAGAAUAUUUUUAUCUAAAUAUUAGAAUUUUAUUGUAAGUUUAGCUUUUUUCCAAAAAAAUAAAAUAAAAUAAAUCGCCUUAAAAAUCGCCAGUAAACAUUAAAAUAGUAAACAAAGUUUAAAAAAAUAAACCAGUGUUAAAGUUUGUAAACCAAAACCUUUAGAGCCCCAGCAAAAAUGUUUGUAAAUUUUGUAUGAAAACUCCCUCAAAAUAGCUAACAAGAAAAUAAAUAAAACUUUCAUAUAAAAAGAAGAAAAAAAUCGUUGUAGUAAAAGGAAAACUAAUUAAUUACCUAAUCCACAGAGAAACUCAAGCAAACAAUAAACAUCUGCAUGAUUUAGUAAGUAAAGUGGGGUGUGAGCAUCAAAAAUGGUUUUCCCAUUCAUUUCCCACAUUUUGGAUUUUAUUUAAUUCAUUUCAUUUUUGGCACGUUUUUCUAGUUUUAAGAUUUUUAUUAAAUCAUCAUUUUUUGGUUUUUAUUUUGGUCGGUUUUUUUGGUUGUUUUGUCCACUUUGAGGUGAAAGAAGAUUGAAAAUUGAUUUUUGCUCUAUUUUGCCCCUCUAUUGUGCUUUCCAGACGCAAAUCUGGCUCCACGAAGAACCUGACUGAAUCCUCAGGAGAAAAUGUACCAGAAAAAUAUUAAAGAAACUGCCUUCUU